AGAGAAUGGGCGGGUAGAAAAUUGUGUGCGUUUGGCGGGUUUCGCUGCUUUCCUAAAUAUUUCCUCAUUCUGCAGCCGAGCGAGGCAAACACGUGAGGACAUAGUGACGCCGCCACAGCCGAAACAUAUUAUCCAAGCUCCCCUAGGACCAUGUCGAUGGAUUUUAAAAUGUAUGUAGAUCAGGCAUGUAGAGCUGCUGAGGAAUUUGUUAAUAUUUACUAUGAGACAAUGGACAAAAGAAGAAGGGCACUUACCAGGCUGUAUUUGGACAAGGCCACUUUAAUAUGGAAUGGAAAUGUUGUUACAGGGCUAGAUGCCCUAAGUAAUUUUUUCGAGAUGUUGCCUUCUAGUGAGUUCCAGGUCAAUAUGUUAGAUUGCCAACCAGUCCAUGAGCAAGCUACCCAGUCCCAGACUACAGUUCUUGUUGUGACCAGUGGAACUGUGAAGUUUGAUGGAAACAAACAACAUUACUUCAACCAGAACUUUCUGCUGACUGCUCAGUCCACUCCUAAUAGCACCGUGUGGAAGAUUGCUAGUGAUUGCUUCCGUUUUCAAGAUUGGGCUAGUAGUUAAAGGGGUAAAAGUCUAUUGUUAUUCUGCUAUUUCAUGAAGCAGAGGUCUGUGUGAAUUGAUUCAUUUAAUUAGAAAAACACUGUAAACUGGUUUGUGCUGAAACUAAGUUUCUUCAGUAUUUUUUUAUUCCUAGCAGCACCUUUUCUAGCAGCUGCCAGUUUGGAUUGUUGCCCUUCAGAGCUUUAAUGCUAGUUUUUGACAUGCCUUAUAUACAUUCCACUAAUGACAUUCUUAAAGUAAUGUUAAACACAUGAUCUUGGUACUAACAUACUCACUGUGAACCCAGCCUAUCACAAAAAUGGAAUCCUUUUGUAAUACUAUCUGUGGAGUAGUAGCACAAUAUAACUCUGUGGGAGUAAGUGGGAUUUUUUUUUUUUUGGGUUAAUAGGUUGAAUUUUUACUAAACCACAUGCCUAUUUUCAGUUAACACUGGUAAUGCAUUGCAAUAUACAGUAAGUUUAUCAGUUCAUAACCUACUAUGAUAUAUUAGAAUUGCAUGUGGAAUAUUUAAUAGACUUUUUCGUGUUAAAUUUUCUUAUUUUGAGUUUUUAUUUUAUAAGUGAAUUAAUAACUAAAUAGGUAAAAAUGUUUUAAAUUGACACUUGAUUGUUGGGUGCAUUUGGUGGAUUAAGACUUCUUAAAAACAUGUUGGCAGCUCCAGGUCUAGAAAUUUUGGUAAUGAGUGCUAGAAGAACUAAUAGCUUUAAUGGGAGAAUGGGGAGUGAGAAAUGUAGAAAUAUCCAAGGUUGAAGCUAAAAGUGAGGGGGGGGGUGUGACUAAAUGGUAAAAGUUUUGUACUGGUUUACUACCUCCUAAAACUGAAACCUAUUUUUAGGAUUUAAAUCACUAAGUUAUUAUGUAUCCUUGCCAAAUGUCAUGAGUGUCACAUUUGUUCUAAGAAUGAUUUUUAAGGUCUUUAUACUUCACCUUAUACUUGUCACCAUCAUGUAUCUGUUUAUUCAAAAACUUAUGGGGGUUGAAUGUCAGCAGUAAGCCUAAUCUUGUAACAGGGUCUAGAAGGAAAGUUGGAAACAAAGCCAUUGCUAUCUCUUUGUGACACCCUUAACUAAGUCUUCCAGUGAAUGUUAGGCCCAAAGAUUCCUAUGUAUUACUCACCCCCAUGUUUUGUGCUGUUAAAGUUAAAAUUAUUUGGUUUGUGAUUCAUUCUUCCAUAUGACGUUGGGCACAUUUAUUUUAAAACAUGUUCCUGUUAACAUGACUAUCUCAUUGCCUU